CCAGUUUUUAUCGCCCACCACAACAGCUGAUUACAAUUAUUUUUUUUAUAUAGUGCAUUUAUUUGUUUUUACUAUUGGUUUGGACUUCAACAAUGUCACGGCUAGCUUUAUUGCGCAAUUUGGUCAGUCAUCGGCAGAACUUGCUGCCCACCAACUUUUCCCGGCUAAAAUGUGCGGCUGCGAUGCACUGGAGUCCACAUUUGCGACAGGAAGCGUCGCGCGAUGGUGGCGGAUCAUUGCAGCGAUCACAGGAUAAUACUCAAGUGUCCACGGAUGUACGUCCCAUUGGAGAGAAGAUCAAGGAGAACACGAAGACCGCCAGCUAUACGGCCAUAAUAGUCGCCGGUCUGGGAGUGACCUGUGUCAUGUUCUUUGCCAUAUUUCGGGAGCUGUUCUCCAGCGAAAGUCCAAACAAUAUAUACGCAGAUGCAUUGUCUCGAGUGGUGGAUGAUCCGCGGGUUCAGGAUGCAAUUGGAGCGCCCAUAAAAGGUUUUGGCGAAACAUCCAGGCGGGGACGCAGGCAGCAUGUGGCUCACUCCACUUACGAGCGGAAUGGAAAGCCCCACAUGCGGAUGCAAUUUUAUGUGCAGGGAUUAAGAAAUAAAGCUACCGUUCAACUGGAGUCCAGAAGGGCUCGCUGUGGAAAACUGGAGUAUCGUUAUCUUUUCGUACAAUUGGAUCACUAUCCCCGCACCACCAUCAUCCUAGAAGACAAUCGUGCCUUUGAUCCCGCACCUGAGCCUGCAUCCGAAUCGUCUUCCUUUGGAAAUCUGGCCCUGAUGUCUAAUAGCCGGGAUAAAUAGGAGCACUCUUUUAAGCCUCUACUAUGCACUUAAAUUUCCUGUACAUUUGUUAUAUUUAUUAUUUGACUGACAAUGAAAUUGCUUUGUGAAUCCAACAACAAA